CGAUGCCGGAGAAGCCGAUCCAGCUUCCGAGGCGAUCGAAGGUGGCUUUCUCAGUGAAGGAAGUGAAGGAGAUAGCUUUAGGCCUUCAAAAGCCCCAAAAAGAUUCUAUCGCUCGGAGAUCAGAUCUCAAUGAAUCUGGCGAUGGUGACGAACUCUUAGCAGUGGAGGAAAAGCUUAAAUCUGCAGAGUCGUCGCCUUCGAAAUCUUCGAAGGCUAGAUCCCUGAUUAAGCUCCCUGAAAAGUAUGAGAUUCUAGUGGAUUUCUUCAACUCCAUGGAGUCUUCGAUUCGAUUACUUCGGUUGAAGAGAUCGUUACCUACAUUUGCUAACAUCUGUUCCAGUAUUCAGCAUCUAACUGGAAGGAGGUUUACGUAUGGGCAUUUAGCACAACUGAAAUAUAUACUGCCUGAAGCAAUUUCAAUCAAGAAAGUGCUUUUGCGUGAUGAGGUUACUUGCUGUAUGAUGCCGGUGCUCCAAUUGUAUCUGCAAAAAGAUGCAAUUGAGAGCGGCUCGAAUAGAAAAGAAGAAGAAAGUGGGUAUUCAAUCUUGAGGAAGAUUUUCAGGCAAAGGCUUGUCGAUUUCUUUAGAAAACAUCCCGAGCAAGAUGACAUUCCAGAGGAGGAACUUCCACAUCCAUUUGGUCAUCAAACAACACCAAAUAUACCUUCAGAUAUUGCCAGAAACUCCACAUCUUCAAUCAAUUCAACAACUGAUGUGCGUGAGUUUGUCAAUGCAGCUUCUCACAUUCCACGAUCUUUCUGUAAGCGGUUUUCUCAGAAAAAUCUUAUACCUGAUGGAGAGAAAACAUCCCUUUUGUGCAUAAACGAAGAUAUGCCACGGGAUAAUUCUCCCAUCACAGUUGAAUCAUCCCCUAUUAAAUGUGAUUUAAGGCCAACCAUUUGUAAGAAACCAUUGUUUACAUCCCCUGUUCCAAAAACCUCAUCAAGCACUCAAUGUGCUCAUAAAGAGAAGAAAAGGUUGAUGAAUACUGACAAGUGUUCACUCCAGAAAUCGAAUCAACUUGAUGGAACUCCUGUCAAAUUUGUUUCAACUCCAUUAAAGUUAAUGACGGCCACACCAGAAAUUCAAACUCCAAAGAGGCAUCGGCCUACAACCAAUUGUUAUACGCCAGUUAAGGAGGUUCCAGAGAAGCAAUCAGCUCGGACCAAGUUGUUAUUUGCAACACCACAAAAAAGUGCACAAAUAGAUGAUUCAGAAGAAGUAACGGUAACUAUUUCAGAUGGGGAUGAUGAUGUGAUCAACAUACUUCCGGAGACUCUACUGCAAGAGAUACGAGAAAAGGAAAUAAUAAUGGCAGAAGAAAGGAAUUCUGGCGCUUCUGAAGCAAAGAAGCGUAAAGAGAUGUUAGCAAGUUUACCUAAACUUUUCGACAUGAUCCUUCUCAUAUUCCAAUCAGGGAACCGAUCCUUUGUUACAAAGCAGGAACUUGUCCACAAGAUAAUCUCAGGUUGCACUACCAUAGUAGAUAGAAGUGAAGUGGAACAACAGUUGAAACUGUUGCAAGAACUGGCCCCAGAUUGGAUCUCAGCAAAGAUGGUGCCCUCCGGGGAUUUUCUAUACAGUGUCAAUAAGAUAUCGUGUUCACAAGAUAUCCGCCAAAGACUUGCUGAAGCCCAGAGCUGAAACGUGGUGACUCUUAGUGACAUUUAUAGGAUCUUACAACACUAUUGGGAUUUUGGUAACAUCGCAAGUGGAUUGAGAAAAACAAGCAGUUUAGAGUCCCAGGCAUAUAUAUAAGCUACCCGCUGAGGAUUCUAUUUUUGUGCCGUAUUAUUAGACUGAAAGCAAGUCCUGUAAGAUGCUGCCCAGUGCUUAAUACUAACUUCUCCAAUCUUUUCUUCAUUGAUAUUGACGUGAUUAUUGCUUCUCAAUAUAAACAUCUCAAUAGUAUUUUUUUUAA